UACAACCCCUACAACAGCUGCAGCGCGUGAAAGACUUCUCUGCUCAACAAACAGGUUGCGCGACUCAAGGCCGGUGCACAACUUCAAAGCGGAGCUCUUAACUUUCACUGGGUUGAGAGACGUUGGUUUGUGGAAUUCUCAAAAAUAGCGGCGCAAGACAGUCCCAAAGCAUCUCAAGUGGUCCCAGGCGUCCGUCUUGAUCUAACGAGAUUCCUGACGAACCUGGCCUUGGGCAGCAAUUCGAAUGGAACCAAUUCAGUCCUCAACUAGUGGUGUUGAAGCCACAUUGUUGGAGGAGACCAGCUGCCCACUGAAAGUCACUGAGGACAUCUGGUUUGGAUGCUGUUCCUGCACCUAUGUCACCAGAAAUCAGCGUGGAAUGGUGAGCCACCUGGCUGCCCAUGGUGAUGAACAAUCCAAGUGCCACCAUCCUCACAAGUCUGACUCUAAGGCCCAAGUGCUUGGCAACACUCAAAAGCACAGUAGGAAAAAGCCAUUCAAGUGCAAGCUUUGUCCCCAAGAAUUUGCUUAUAAUUCCCAUCUGAACCGUCAUAUCAGAACACAUACUGGUGAAAAGCCAUAUAAGUGCAUGCAUUGCCCCAAAGCCUUUGCUCUAAAUUCCCAUCUACAAAGCCAUCAUCAAACGCACACUGGUCAAAAGCCAUUUAAGUGCAAGCAGUGCCCUCGAGCCUUUGCUCAAAAAUGCUAUCUGAAAAAGCAUAAUCAAACACACAUUGAUGUGAAGCCAUUUAAAUGCAAGCAUUGCACUAAAGCCUUUGCUCAAGAUUCUUAUCUGAAAAAGCAUAAUCAAAUGCACACUGGUGAAAGGCCAUUUAAGUGUAAGCAGUGUCCCCGAGCCUUUUCUCAAAAUUACUAUCUACAAUGUCACAAUCGAAUGCAUACUGAUGAAAAACCAUUUAAGUGUAAGGAGUGCCCCCGAGCCUUUGUUCGAAAUUCCCAUCUACGAAGCCAUAAUUAUUUGCACACUGGUGAAAAGCCAUUUAAGUGCAAGCAGUGCCCCCGAGCCUUUGCUCGAAAUUUCGAUCUGCAAAGACAUAAUCAUUUGCACACUGGUGAAAUGCGAUUUAAGUGCAAGCAGUGCCCCCGAGCCUUUGCUCGAAAUGCCCAUCUGCAAACCCAUAAUCGAACACACACCGGUGAAAAGCCAUUUAAGUGCAAACUGUGCCCCCAAGCCUUUGCUCGACAUUCCUAUUUGAGAGAUCAUAAUCGAAUGCACACUGGUGAAAAGCCAUUCAAGUGCAAGCAGUGCCCCCAAGCCUUUGCUCGAAGUUCCAAUCUGAGGUAUCAUAAUCGAACGCACACUGGUGAGAAGCCAUUUAAGUGCAAGCAGUGCCCCCAAGCCUUUGCUCGGAAUUCCGAUCUACGAAGCCAUAAUCAAUUGCACAGUGGUGAAAAGCCAUUUAAGUGCAAGGAGUGCCCCGAGCCUUUGCUCGAAAUUCCGAUCUACAAAGACAUAAUCAUUUGCACACUGGUGAAAAGCCAUUUGAAUGCAAGCAGUGCCCCCAAGUCUGCAUGAAAUUCCUAUCUACGAAGCCAUAAUCAUUUGCACACUGGUGAAAAGCCAUUUAAGUGCAGACAGUGCCUCCAAGCUUCUGUUUAAGAUUCCUAUCUGGGAAAUCAUAAUCGAACUCACACUGAGGAAAAUUUAUUUAAGUGCUAGCAGUGCCUCGAAGACUGCUUGAAAUUCAUAUCUGAGAAGCCAUAAUAGAACGCAGACAGGUGUAAAGCUAAAGCAAGUGUGCUGAAGUUACAGCAAGGGUGCAGGCGAGCUGGUUGAAUAUAGACAUUUUAACCCUGGAGAGUGGGGACAAGGAAGACAAACACGACACAGAUCUCCAAAGCCAUUUAAAUGCAUGCAAGACUGGUAUUAUGAAAAAAGGCUUGAGGGCACCUCAAGCCUUUUUUCAUAAUACCAGUCUUUUCCGCCAUUAUCGUAUGUUUAAAAACCAUUCAAUUACAAACAAUGAGCCAAAAGCUUUGCUCAGAAUAGAAGUUUAUCUGCCAGAACCAGAUGCACUCGUGCGUAAUGCGUUAAGGUUGACCAAAAUAUUGAGCCUGCCCCACGUGUAAUCAUUUAACUCAUGCAGAACUUGAUGCCAUUUCAAUCGAAGGAUACAGAUCCAAGAGGUGUCAUACUCUGCUUGGAGAGGAGGAUUAAAGAAGGAAGUAGAGGGGAAUGAGAGGAGGAAAGAAGGACAGAGAGGAGGAUUAGAGAGAGAGGAGGAGUAGGAAAGGUGAAAUGCCCCCGAAAAUUUGUUCAGAAAGGAAAGGGGGGCGACUUGCAGUCAGGGAGGUCCCCUGGCGAUUUGUUGUGGGCACUUUGUUGUGGGGAAGCAGGCAAAUUGGAAUGUGAUAUCUUCUUUUCCCUUUCUUAGGGCGUUCUAGCAGAUUUAGAAUUUCUGUUUCUGGAUGUUCGACUAAACGCUGGUUGCUUACAUUACAGAUAAUGGGGUUAAUAUUUUUAACACCCUUGACUCAGCGCACCGUGGCGAUUUGUAAGCGUAACUUGAACAGCUCCUUUCAAAUAAGUUUGAGAAACAAAUUUGUACCCAGGAUUGACCCAAUCCCAAAAAGCUAUAACUCACAAGAAAUAAAAUAACAAAACAACCCAAAGUCAAAAUGCUAAGAAAGCAGCUAUACGAAAUCAAAACCAUUAACCUAGUAUGUUCUUGAAAACCCGAGAAAUAGGCCCUAUGUGAAGAGCACAUGCUUAUUGCUCCUGUGGUCCUGAGUAAAAUAAUGUCCUAAGCUCGAUCAUGUCAGAAAUCAACACAAAAUGUUUUUGUUAGCGAACUCUUAAACCGCAUCCCCCGAGUGCUCUAAGGCAUUGGGUAGUGCUUAGCGAUGAUAUUGAGAACUCGGAGGAAGGAAUCAUUGCAGCAGAUGGGGCCGUCAUCGACUUCCACCACAGCCAGUCCAGGCGUGGCUGCAGCGUUGCAGUAGUCCUUAUUUUGCCAGUCGGCGUCCUUGUGUUCCUCCCGGUGCAGCCCAUCCCCUUUCAGAGCAGGUAGAGCUAGUCGAGGGUAUUAAAAAUAUUUACCCCAUUAAUAAUCUGUAACAGUAAGCGACCAGCGUUUAGUUGAACAUCCAGACACA